AUGGGUACAGUCCUGAGUGAGUGUUAUCAGGGAUCUCCCCGCCAAUGCCACAAGUUUGACUUUGUCCCUGGCUAUAAUCUGAUUGGAGAAGGCUAUGACAUUGUUAAACUUAAGACUACAAACACAUAUGUGAUUGAUGUGGAAAGCUACUUACAUCCCACUAACUCCUGUACCCUGGUUAAAAACAGUUUCUUCAAAAAUGCAUGGCAGAAACUCCCCAUCUCGGUGGUUGACUGGCGCUCUUUCGAUAGUUGUGACUUUGGCUUCCAGAGUUUUCGUUUCCCUUCAGUCACUUCACUUUUACAAAGCUUAUCCAGAUACUUCCAGAAUGACUGGAAGGUAGGACUGAAUGUUCCAAAAGCCAAGAGUUUGCACUAUGUAGGCACAAAGUCCCAAAUACAUGAAUUUGCCACUUCUUUUGCCAGUGGGGGCAAAUCUUCUUUUGCAUCUCAUUCAUUCGCCUGCAGCUACUACAGCUUUCGUCUCACCAGCAAACCUCCGCUGAGUCAUACAUUCUUUCAAGAUAUAAGAUCUCUCCCAAAGUAUUACUGUAAGAGUACCAGGGAACAGUACCGUCACUUCAUCGACAUUUACGGAACCCACUACAUCCGUCUAGUACGCCUUGGAGGGAUGGUCAUGAGAGUAACUGGCAUUCAGCAUUGUGUAGCAGAACUAAGCAAGGUCUCCAUUUCCCAGAUGGAGGACUGCUUUAAAAUGGAACUGCCCAGAAGCUUAGAUCAAGGUUUUCAGCUUGAACCAAUGAGUGAGCAAUGCAGCAAUGUCUUUGCAAAAUAUAAUCAUGUCAAAAGUGAUUCCAAAGACUCAAAGAUCAACAUCAACUUUGAUUUCAAAGAUGGGAAAGGCUGGAAAGGAGACACAAUCACUGAUUCUGAAGCUUUCAAAAAAUGGCGUAGAAGUUUAAAGACAUUUCCAGCAAUUAUAUCAUUUGACAUCCACCCUCUGCAUAAAUUGGUGCCCUACCGUGUUAUCAGUAAUAACUUGAGGAAGGCUAUUGAAGAAUAUUUGACUGAAAACAAAAAGAAGAUUGAAGAGCCAGUCUGCAAAGUGAGAUCCCCUAACCUCUCCCCUGACUGCUGCCCUUUACAGUCUAAAAGAGGAAGGUUAACUGUGGUAAUACAUCGUGGCUAUGGCCUUCAUGGACGCGUGGGUAGGCCAUCAGAUGCCUAUGUGACAGUGAGGCAUGGCGGACAGCACAGAAGAACUCAUAUGAUCCAGUCAUAUGAUCCGUUCUGGAAUACCUACUAUGAUUUUGGCAUUGUGAACACAGAUAUCAAUUUAGUUGUAGAGGCCUUUGAUCAGGACUGGUUUAGAGAUAUAAGACAUGGGACGUGUGAUAUAAAUAUUGUACAAGGACAACAUGGAUACUGGUGCCCCAUGAGCCAUGAAGGCAUUGCCAUUUCCUUAACCUAUACUCUAACCUGUGACCAUUAUCUUACCGACCUAAAGUGUAACCGUUAUUCUUCCUCUCCCACUUAA